AACGAAACUAUUACUAUUGCGAAUUUUGAUCUCCACGAAAGAAAAAUGGCGACGAAAGAAGAACAAGUGUCGCAAUUGAAGCGGAAACGAAAAACUAUUCGAAGCAACAUAACUCGUUUCUCAACUGAGAUUGACAACAUGACAGACGAUACUUUGAAUGAAGAUAUGGAAUAUGCGGUAAGUCGUUUAACAACUAUUUUAAAUGAAAUGAAAACGAUUGAUAAUGAAAUCCAUGUUCUUUUUACGGAUGAUGAAUAUGAAAAUGACAUUACCCAAUGUGAAACUUAUACAGAAAGUGCUGAGCGCGCAAUUUUUAAAGCCCGAAAAUACAUCCAAAAUGAACUAUCGCCAACUAUUAACGCUAGCUAUAAUCUUAAUUUGGGCACUGAAAAUGCCAAUUUGGCGACUAAUUCGGAUACUAAUCCAUCACUUGCUGGUCAGAUAACACCUGUUAGCCCAACGUACACAGUGAAACUACCGACGAUUAAAUUAGAACCAUUUGGCGGUGAAAUUGAAAAUUGGCAAAGUUUUUGGGAACAAUUCCAAUCUUCUGUAGACUCCAAUCCAAACCUUUCAACUAUUGACAAACAUGUGUUCUUAAGAGGUUAUUUGCAAGACGAACCAAGACGUUUAGUUGAUGGUAUCAGUAUUGUUGCUGCCACAUAUGAAACCACUAAAAAGCUACUAAUGGAUAGAUAUGGGGACAAAAAUAGAAUUAUCCAAGCACAUUUGGACUUUCUGGAAAAUCUAACACCAGUACGCAACUCAUCGGCAACAGCCUUAAAUGAAACCUACAUUGAAUGUAAUAGAAGAUUGCAGGCCUUACGCGCACUUGGUGAAGACAUUGACAGUUACGGUCGUGUAUUAGCUCCAAAAUUACUACGAGCGUUUCCAGACGACAUUUGUAAACAGUGGAUCAUUCAUGCCCAAAGAGAAAAAUUGGCCGAAGGAAACAUUACGAAAAUGAUGGAGUUCUUAUCACAAGAAGUGCAAGGAGCAUUAACUACGUCAAAAAUAAAAGGUGACGUUAUUGAACCGUUUACUCCAACUACUGCCUUUAACGUAAAUAAUAAGUCCACUUCUGUACACAAGAAAAAGAAUUAUACCCCAUUUUGCCCCUUUUGUGAAUCUUCUGGUCAUUGGGCUCAGAAAUGCGAAACCAUAACUGACUAUGACACUCGCAUACAAAAGUUAAAAGGCUCUAACCGUUGUUUCUUAUGUACUAAUAGAGGACACAGAAUGACAAAUUGCCCUCGAAAAGAUACUGCUCGCUGUACAAAAUGCAAGAAGAAACACCACGUAUCCAUUUGUUCAUCUGCACUAAACACUGCGAUCCAAAAUAGUGAGGUUCAUCACAUCAACAUACCUAAAACUAGCUUUACCCAUUUACAAACUGCACGCGUGUAUGUUACUGGACCCACAGGUCUUACGAAGUUAACCCGAUGCAUUUUGGAUGGAGGUAGCCAGACAAGCUUUGUCGAUGCAAACCUCAUUGACAAACUGAAACUCCCAAUUGUAAGCACUGAGCAACUAAAUGUACAUGUUUUUGAAUCUCCCAGUACUUCACGAAACAUGCGACGAUGUGUGCAACUUUCACUUUCAAGUUUAUGGAACAAAAACUCUGUUUCUAUAACAGCUUUCGAAAGUUCCAACAGAUAUACCUCACACCCUGCUGCCCCUGCGGACGUUGUUCGAUUUGCUCGAAGCCGAAAACUAACACUUGCAGACCCUCCAGGAGACGACAACUUACCCAUCGAAUUGCUCAUUGGUGGUGAUUAUUAUUGGCAUGUGGUCACUACGGAACCCCCGAUUAAAGUUACAGAAUCUCUUGCCAUAGUACCCUCUAUUUUUGGAUGGAUCCUUAAUGGGUCACGAACACACACAACCAUCAAACAUGAUUCAUCAGUUCACCAUGUUUCUGUUCAAAUUUCUGGUGAUUGUUUGGACGACGAAGUGCGUUGCUUGUGGGAGUUGGAUUGUAUUGGUAUCAAAGACACUCAAAUACGGAACAAGACUGUUCGAGAGAAUGAAAUUACGAGAGAAUUUCACGAAACCUACCAAACUGAGGGAAAUCGUAGAGUUUUAUCUCUGCCUAGGAAGCAUACAACAUCAAUUUUGUCUACCAACAUAGCUACUACCGAAAAACGUUUGAAGUUUCUCCAGAAACGACUUGCAUACAAUGAUGCUAUGAAGAAAGAAUACGAUAGUUGCAUGCUAAAGUACAUUGUGCAAGGACACGUUGAAGUUUACGAGCUAGAACCUUCGAAUUUAAACGCUGUAUUUCACCUACCCCAUCAUGCUUUCAAAAAAGUGAAACUUAACGAGACCAAAUGGAGGAUUGUGUUCGAUAUCUCAUCACAUGAUCCAGGAAUGCCCUCACUGAAUGAUACUUUAGAAAUCGGUCCAAAUCUUUUACCUGAGACAAUUGGUUGUCUACUCAGACUGCGAAUGCACAAAUUUGCAAUCACAGGUGACGGAAAAAAGGCCUUUCUACAACUAAGCCUACACGAAAGAGAUAGAGAUUCCACAAGAUUUUUCUGGUACAGACUAGCACAGGACAAAACUAACCCAUCUUUCACGGACGAAAUAAUUACUUACAGAUUUACUCGUCUACCUUUCGGACUAGCAUGCAGCCCCUUUUUGUUAUGUGCUGCAACACGUGAAGUGGCUUCAAAGCACGUGAAUGAAUUCCCGAUUGCUGCUCCCAUGAUCGAUAAACAUCUUUACAUGGACGAUUUUGUUGCUAGUGUUGAAACAGAAUCUGAAAUCACCACACUGCAUAAAGAAGUCAAAGAAUUGAUGCAAUUGAUUGAAAUUCCAAUGGAGAAAUGGACUACAAACUCAACAAUGCUUCAGAACCAAUUACGAGAUCAAGAUGAAGGAUUCAAAACAACUGUUAAAGUUUUAGGCAUAGAGUGGAAUACAGAAACUGACACCCUCGGAAAUACUUUCAAAACCUCUCUCUGCGCUGUUCAAGACAAACCACUUACAAAGAGAUGGCUACUCCACUGUAUUGCUAGCUUCUACGAUCCUUUAGGACUGUUUUCUCCAUUUGUAAUUUUUGGAAAAAUUCUGUUUCAAGACACAUGGAUUCUAGGAAUUAAAUGGGACGAAAUACUGCCCUCUAAUUUGGCAACUUCAUGGAAUGCUGCUAUUGGAGAACUUGAUGACGUUUGCUCCUUUCAAAUUCCUCGAUUUAUAGGCGUUUCAUCACACGUUCCCUUUACUAUUCAUGUGUUUUGCGACGCAUCUGAACGAGCCUAUGGAGCAGUUUUAUACACAGUUAGUUCUCAUGGUGAUCAAGCAAACGUGCAUUUAGUGUGUAGUCGCAACAGACUUGCACCUAUCAAGAAAGUCACCUUGCCCCGCUUGGAACUGCUAGCGGCUCUGAUGGGAGCUCGAUUGUUGCGAUACUUCUGUGCUGAAACUAAUAUUCCUAUGUCCAAUGCAAUAUUGUGGAGUGAUUCCCAAGUAGUUUUGGGUUGGAUUCGCAGUGACCCAAAUAAAUGGAAGACAUUUGUUUGCAAUCGAGUAACGGAAAUUGUUUCUCAUACUAAUCCUUCCCAAUGGAGACAUUGCCCUGGAAAGGACAAUCCUGGUGAUAUAUUAUCAAGAGGUACUUCACCAUCAACUCUAAGACAUCUGGUGGCAUGGUCCUAA